AGUCCUAGAUAUCCAUUCCUAUCCAUGUGUUUUUGAGUGUUUGUUUGCCAUGAGAGUCUAGCACUAUGACCCGGUAUAAACAAGCAAACCCGACACUGUUCACACUAUUUAGCUUAAAAAGUCACAUAUGACUGACCCACAAAAAGCCACCGAUUGUCCAAUAUCUCUAAAUUCAUGAUAUAAAUUUCUACUUGCAAUUACCCUCCACCAACCAACCAGUACACAAUUUCAAAUUCAACAUUCCCCAAAAACAAAUUCAACAGUCCCCAAAAUUCAUAAACGAUGAACAACGCUCAUUCUAAUAUCGACAACAAUUGAAAUCGGCCGAUUCUUGUUGGGUAAAGUAUCUAGAUCAUUGGGCUACCUAGAUCAUUCUCCGGUUUUCAAGUUUAGUCCAAUUGGAAGGACCAUCAUUUUCGGAGGAGACGCCAUGGACAUGGAAGAUGAAAUUAGCAAGGUUGAACAGAAACGUCAUGCAUUGACAACGACAUUGAUUUUGCUUGAGGAGAUACUAAGAAACCAUCGAAUUAACCUCCUUCUUAUAAGUAUGUUAAUCACAUUGAUACGACCAAAUGGCGGUAAAAGGAAACGAGGUGGUAGAGGUACAGCCGAGCCUCUGAUGGAUGCAAUUCCUGCUCAUGUGAAGCAGUUAGAUAGGCUAGUGCGCAUCUCAGAUCGUUCAUGUGUAGACAAUUUAAGGAUGGAUAGAAACACAUUUGGUCGUUUAUGUCGCAUCCUGCGAGACCGGGUAGGUUUAAUUGACCAGAAAUUUGUUACCAUCGAGGAACAAGUUUCUAUGUUUCUGUGCAUUCUAUCCCACCAUAAGAAGACACGAAUUGUCGGUCAUGAUUUCAUGCGAUCUUCACAAACUGUGUCGAAAUACUUGCAUACAGUUCUUCGUGGAGUGCUUACUCUCUAUGAUUUGUUUUUGGUGAAACCUACUCCGAUUGAUGAUGAUUGCACUGAUUCAAGGUGGAAGUGGUUUAAGGGUUGUCUAGGGGCUUUGGAUGGCACAUAUAUCAAUGUACGGGUCCCUCUUGCUGACGCACCCCGCUACAGAAAUAGGAAAGGACAGAUCACGACAAACACACUUGCUGUGUGUGAUCGACAUCUUCGCUUUGUUUAUGUCUUGCCCGGUUGGGAGGGAUCUGCAGGUGACUCGAGGAUCUUACGUGAUGCAAUUAGCAGGCCACGUGGACUUAAGGUGCCUAUCAAGGUGCAAAAAUGGAUAUAGACUAUCAAAUCCUAUCAAACUCUAUCAAGGCAAUCAAACCAGCCCUAAUUGCAUUGUACACUUGUGAUACAAAUAAGCAAAUAAAGAAGUGCAUCAAAGAUAUAGAGAACUCAAUUCAAACAGUAAACAUCCUCAAACUCAACCC